CUUCAGAUUAAAUGAAUAAGGCCCAUGCCCGAAGUCUACGGAUCAUCUGCAUCGAAGAGAUCUCCAUCAUCUUCCAGUCGUUUUGCUGCAGAGAGUAGACUCCUCGAGGCUCGAGUAUUGAAGACACAUACAUUACAAGAGAUGGCAACUACAGCCUGCUUUAUCAUAGUGAGCAGAAACGAUAUUCCUAUAUAUGAAGCUGAAGUUGGAUCUGCCGCCAAAAGAGAAGAUGCUGCUCAGCUGCAUCAAUUUAUACUGCAUGCAGCUCUGGAUAUUGUCCAGGAUCUGGCAUGGACCACUAGUGCCAUGUUCUUGAAAGCAAUUGACAAGUUUAAUGAUCUGGUAGUAUCAGUUUAUGUUACAGCUGGUCAUACACGAUUUAUGCUACUUCACAAUCCUCACAAUGAUGAUGGAAUCAAGAACUUUUUUCAAGAGGUUCAUGAGCUCUAUAUAAAGAUUCUUCUCAAUCCCCUCUACUUACCUGGUUCUCGCAUUACAUCAUCACAUUUUAACACUAAAGUUCGUGCACUUGCAAGAAAAUAUCUCUAGAUGGUGUUGAUACGGUUGGAUACAGCAUUUGGCUGAUGAAGAUUAGUGAGGAUCUAAAGUUUCAGCUCUGGUUUCUGAUGAAUUGUAAAUCCUUUUUGGUCACAAAGUUACUCAAUGGCUAUUAUUAUUGAGCAUAAAUGGAAUAAAUCUGGAUUUUGUUCGUUGAUUGC